GUGGAAGAAGAGGUGCAGAAGAGCGAGAAAGAGAGAUAGAAAGAGAAAUAGAGAAGAUUGAGAAAAGAAAAAUGAAAGAAGCACACAGUCAGAAGACUCGAUAGACCGACGGUAUCUCCGGCAGGGUCCAUUCUGUUUCUUGAGCGCUAAUCAGCAGGAACACCAGCCAUCAAUAGACUAGUUUGGAGGAAGUUCGCCGGAAAGGAGCAAAAACAAACGUAUUACAUUUGCGUUGUGAAGUUAUUCUAUACAAAGAUUCACAGCAAAAGUGGAUCUAGUUCGUGUGGCCAUUAAGAGACUUGGAAGUGUUUAUGUGAGAAAAGGAAAGAUAUAGAAGAAUCUUUUCCUCAGAAAUUGUACUGAAAUUGCUUUGACAAAAUGGAUGUUUUUAUGAUGAUCAGAAGAAAGAAGACGACGAUUUUUACCGAUGCCAAAGAAACAACACUGGUGUACGAGCUGAAAAAGAUGAUUGAAGGAAUACUUAAAGUGCCUCCCCGUGACCAACGGCUUUACAACAAAGACAACAUGCUAAUGGAGGACGAAAAAACAUUGCAGGACUGUGGGAUUAUGGUAGUUACGGCGAAAGCACAAUGUCCAGCACAGCUUGGCUUGGCCGUACGUGAAAAUGGAGAUUUUGAAUCGCUUGAGCUGACGCCAUACUCUCUACCACCGGAUCUACCGGACGUGAUGAAAAACCAGGACACAGCAAACGGCCAAGAUCAACUGGCCUAAGGAGGCCAAGUUUGAAAUUGCGUUUAUUUUCCAUUUAUUCGCGCUACGUCUCUUAUUAUUUCCCUAUCCUUCUGGUAAUAGUUUACUGUAGGUUCGGUAUCGUGCUAGCGGUUAACUAAUACACGAUUGUUGUUCUCGUUCUCGGGUCACAAUUACAUUUAUAUUUCACUUGCACGCCAAAAAAAAACAGCCGGUGACAUCUACUCUCAUUCACACAUAAACUUCUUUUUGUGUUUACUAUCAAGUUGUGAAGCAGACUGAGCAAGAUUAGACUAGUGGUGUGUAUGCUAGAGUAACAAAAACGAUAAAAGCGUGUAAUACAAUGAUAAAUCACAAAACAGCGCUCCCUAGUUUUGCGCAAGCCUCCUGGUCUACAAAAAGAAGCGAACAUUGAGAGAAGUUUGGAUUUCAACACUGCAGGAAACGAGUGUUUCCAAUCUGGAUGUCACUGCAUCACACAGGAAUAGUCUGUUUUUCGCCCUUUUCCCUUUUCUUUUGGGUAAAUAUAUUCGUAUGGUUUUGAGUAAUUAAAUUAUGGAAAUGUAUCAAUGAAGUUAGGAGGCAUUUUAUGCAUCUUACUGAAGUCAAUCUUUUAACCCCAGCAUAGUUUGUGUUUUAUUAAUCCGAAUCUGAAUCGCUUUCAUUAUGCUCUGGACUUUCGUCGAUGGCCGUUGGUUCAUCGAUAUUGAAGCUGUUUUCUUCUGUUGCAUUUUGCAGUUCUUUGGUUUCGAGAUGCAGUUGCAGUUGGUCUCGGAAAAAACCAAUGUAUUUUUCCUUCAAUGAGGCUUGCGCGGGGAAAAAAUGCCCGCCAGGAUGGAUUAUGAUAUCAGGAUCAAGAAACGUUUCUGUUAGAGCUUCACUCAUAUCUGAAAAUAUAAUGGAAGAAAUUUAUGAAUA